AACAAAAAUAACCCCAAACUCUCGAGGAAAAAAUUGUGGCAGAGAAGGAAAAUUUCACAACAGGGAAAGCUAAUCUGGAAAAAUCAGUAAAAUACUUGUGGUAGAAGUGAUCCGAAGUGUAGGGACGGUUAUGGUGUGAAGGGGAGGCAGUAUUUGGACAAUAUGAGUGAAAAUGACUUUCCGCAGUUCCGGGAAAUAAGCGAUGAGCUGGAUUCUCAAUCACUUCCGCGAGUGUUCAAGCGCGAAAAGUCUGUUGAGUUCAACGAUGGGACGCUAUCCGGAGAGGAGGAUUUUCUUGGCUUUGUGGACACGGAGAGUGACGGGAUGGUUUUCAGACAGUCAUCCACGUUUUCUGCGCUACCCUCCUUGAGUUCCAGCAAUUCCGCGACACUUUCGUGUACUUAUGAGCACGAGAUGGACACAGUGGAAGUUGCUUCCUCAGCCAGUGAUAUCGGAUCCGCCAUCUUUGACCAUGACUACAUCCCAGCCCAAGACUUCCAGGAGAAUAUUCAGCAGGCCAUGAGGCGGUCAGACUCCAGCGACGACCAAGUAAUUAGACAACUUCUCUAUGACGAGGAUGGAAUACAAUUUAACGUACAGGACAUCGAGGGGCGAUUCAAGCUGCUCCACAACAUCUUUAGCUCAAUACUCAGCAGUCGAUGCGCUGAGUUGGCUGAUCAGACAUCCAUCACAGACUUCCUGAACAAACUGUGUGAUCAAACGGAGUCCAUGAAGCAGAAGUUUUCAUACAAUGAAGCUCAAAUUCCGGACAAUGACUCAGGAAGGGCUUCUAAAACGCCCCCAUCAGCAAGAGAAUCACCAGCUCCUGAUGUGAUUGAACUUGAGAAGGCUUCCGGGAUUGCUGACAAAGCACUGUCACCGCUAAGCGUUGAGACAUCUGAUAUAGAGCCAUCAGUUGAGCUUGCAAGCGUGGAGGAAGAGCAGCAGCUUGUGGCCACAUGCUUGGAUGAGAAAUCUAUGGAGGAAUACUCAGAGAUGAUCUCAAAAGUUGACGCACUCUCCAAAAUUGGCUCGGACGCGGCUAAUUCUAUGGACGAGCUGAAGAAGACUUUGCCAUUGUCUGUGGAUUCUGAGACUCUCGCGGCAUCCAGUGAGAUUCUCAAGAGGAAAAUCCACGAAAUUCAGCAUGAGUUGAAAAAUCUCAUCAGUAAUCUUGAGCUUCGAGGCGAGGUGGGAAUUCAAACGGAGGUUCUUGAAAUAUCAGGCGUUGAAGUGGGCGUUCAAACAUGUGAGCCUGAGCAGACUGAGGAACCCUUGGAGGAACCUGAUGCAGGAAAUUCGCCGGAGACGAAGGAGGAAGCUUUCAGUCAAAUUCAAGAAGAGGCAGAUGAUACUGCACAGAAAGUAUUAUCAGAUAUUGAGCCCUCGAAAGAGGAAAGAUCCGUUGAGAUGCCAUCAGGGGUAGAGCAACAGAUCGGAGAGUCACUGAACAAGGAUUUGGAUCCAGAAGGUUUACUGGUUAUUUCCAAAGUCGAGAGUACUGAGAUCGAAAAUGAGCGUAUUAAGAGAAAAUUGUUAGACAUGGACUCAUCAUCGUCUGAUGAGAUUCCCUCUGACGAUGACGAUGAGGAUUUCAACAUUCGAACGCUCAAGAGAAGGAAGAGAUCAAACAAGAAGAGCCAGGAGAUGGUGGAAGAAAAAGUCCCUGAUAUUGAGUUGAAUGAGGCGGAAGAAAAGACUCCUGCUGAGGAAGAGGAUUUCAUGUUUGACUUGUUCAAUUACAUCUUCCCAGAGGAGAGUUCAGAUGAGGAGCAGAAGGAGUUGAAAGAUAUUCCCAAAGAAUCCAAGCCUUUGAAGGAAAUCCCUGAAGAUGUAGAAACACCUAAGAAAGAACCGGAAAGCCAAGAGAUGCUGGAUGAAGAGAUUCUGGAAAAUAUUCCAGCGGAAAUGAUUGAGAAAGUUGUGGCAGAAGAUAAUGAGUACAUGGAAAACAUUUGUAUGGAGUUCGAUGAUGCGGUUAUGGACACACAAGGAGAAAUUGACAAUACAGAUGUGACAAGCAAUGAGCAGCCAACGGUGCCUGCAGAGAAUGAUGUCGAGAUCAAGACUCAGAAGGAGGAGGAGAAAACAGGUGAUGAUUAUAUCAUGUCUGAUGAUUCUGAAGACAGCGAUGAUGACAGGGAAAUCUCGACAGCUCUCGAGCCUGUUGUGAAUCUUGAAAUGUUGGAUAAGAAGUCAUUGGAUGGUGAUUCCGAUGAUCAACACGAUAAGGAAAUCGAAAAGCUUCUGGACUUUACAUCACUGGAGCGUCGUCGCUAUGAAUCUACAAAAACUGGUGACAGCAAAGAGAUUGAUAAGCCAAGGAAAACUGAAAAGAAAAAGGAUAAACUCUUGGACAUUCUGCAGGAAGUGAAGGCUGGAGAUGUGUCUGACUCGAGUUCGGAGUCGUCUGAAGACGAAUUGACUGAAGAACAGUUCCUGGAGCAGUGCAAUAUGAACACGAAGCACAGACUGCUGAACUUCUCGAGUGAUGAAUCCGAGGAGGAGUUGGACACAUCCCCAAUGAACAAAUUGCAUAGGAAGAAAUCGGAUGAUGAUGAUGAUGCCGAUAGCAUGAAUAGUGAUGCAUCGGCGAUUGACGAUUUUCUGAUGAAUAUCGUACAGAAGGAGAUUGCUGAUGAUGUUGGUGGAGAGAAGAUGAACGAUGAAGGAGAGUCGAACAAGGAGAAUACUCGGAUGGAGAAUGAAUUGCCUGAUGUGUCUAAGAGUGUUGGUGUUUCAGAGGAGAAGGAGGUUCCGGAGAAAGCAGUUGAAAUUCCGAUGAUUAGCGGAACUCCGGAUAAUAUUCAGAUGAUUGAGGAUCAAGAGGUGCCUAAGAAGGAUCAAGAGAAUGAAGCAAGGAAGGAGGACAUGUCGAUCGACAGAGUGGCUGAAAAAUCUAAGGCUUUGAAAGUGUCUAGUGUUGAGAAGAUGAUCUUGAGUGAUAAGAUUUUCGAGGGCAUUGAAGUGAGGAAGGAUUUGGUGAAGGACAAAAUCUCAAGAAGUUUGAGAAUCCUCUCUAGCGAUGAUGAGUCCGAGAAGGAGUCGCGAAGUCAAGGUGAGGAUGGUGCAAAUGACUGUCUAGAUACUUCAAUGUUUCACAAGAAGGAUGAUAAGAAAUCCAGUGAGGAAAUCAGUCGAAUGCUGGCCAAAUUCCAAAAUCGAACCAAUAGCAGUGGCCAGUCGAAGGAUACAACGCGGGGACUUCCUUCUGAGACCAUCAGUCUGAGUUCAGACAGUGAUGUGGACGAAGUGGUUGAGGAAGAGGUGGAAAAAGAGGCGCCAAGGCGAAAUAUCCGUGCGAUGCUGAGUGAUGAUCAACUGGAAGCAGAGACAAAGAAAGCUCAACGCGAAGAGAGGGACAGAAUCUCUAGACUCGAGCGCAGGACUGACUCUCUGAGCCAACACUUGAGUCAAUCGCAGAGCUUGAGCCAAGAAGAAACUAAUAUUGUUCUGGAUUACAAUUCGAAAACAAAGCAGUUUGUCUCUGUUCAUCCGGACGUGGUGAAGUAUCUGAAACCUCACCAGAUUGACGGUGUGAAGUUCAUGUACGAUCAAGUAUAUGGAGAUGUGAAUUUGAUUCAUCAGUAUGACGGAAGCGGAUGUAUUCUUGCCCAUUGUAUGGGCCUGGGAAAGACACUACAGCUGAUUGCUCUUCUCCAUACAGUGAUUCGCUAUCCUGAGUUGAAGACCAACAGAAUCCUCGUCAUCUGUCCAAAGACGACUAUCAUGAACUGGUUCGAUGAGAUCAAAAAAUGGUUGGAGCCCGUUCGCGGAGAUAUUAGCAUGAAGGUGUUUCACUUUCCGGACAACUCGGAUAUCCAAGGCAAAUUAAAGAUAUUGCGAGAGUGGCACAAGUCUGGAGAGAAGGGCUAUCGCACAGCUGGCUGUUUGUUGAUUGGCUACGAGGCUUUUAGGGUGUUGGUCCUGAAGCAGAGCAGAAAGCAACAGUCUCUCUACACUCAGCAGGAGACUUCUCUCAUCAAGAAGCAGAUUACUGAGACACUUUUGCAGCCCGGAGCAGAUCUGGUGAUCUGUGAUGAAGGCCACAUGAUCAAAAACCGUAAGUCUGCCAUCAAUCGAGCUGUUUCCAAGAUACGGACAAAGCGAAGGAUCAUUCUCACAGGAACUCCGAUACAGAACAACCUGAAAGAAUAUUACUGUAUGGUGGACUUUAUUAAGCCAAACUUCCUGGGAACUGAGAGAGAGUUUGCAAAUAUGUAUACGAAUCCGAUUAGGAGCGGUCAACACAAGGACUCCACGAAGCAAGAGAUCAAGUGUAUGAAGCAACGAUCAUAUGUGCUGCACAAGAAACUCUCGAAGUUUGUUCAGCGACGCGAGGCCGCUGUACUUAAGCAGUUUCUGCCUGAGAAGUAUGAGUAUGUGCUCUUUAUUCCCAUGACUGAAGUGCAGGAGCGACUCUAUGAAUUCUUCCUGACAAACAACCCUACGAAAGAGAUUAGCGGUAAAUCCUUGAUUCCUGAUUAUACGGCUCUGCGAAAAAUCUGGACACAUCCAAAGGUGCUGGAGAAUGCUUAUGAUAAUGCCAUUUUGGCCAAAGAGAAGAAGGACAGAGCUCGAGCUAGACUGCAUCCAGAGUCCGAUGACGAGGUGCCUGAUGAUGUGCUGGAUAAGCAAGUUGGAGCGAUGUCGGUGAUGAGUGAUUGGUGGAGAGCACAUUUGAGCAGUGAGGACUUGGAAUCAAUCCUGCCGAGCAACAAGUUGAAGCUGAUCUUCGAGAUAUUGAAGUUGUGUCAGGCGAAUGGUGAGAAAUGUCUCAUUUUUUCGGCCUUCGUUGCCGUCCUGAACGUCGUGGAGUAUUUCAUGCGGAAGAUUAGUAAUAAGAAUGAGAAUUCUGCGAAAUACGGACUUACGGAAUAUGAUGGACCCUGGGAACAUGGCAGGGAUUUCUAUCGGUUGGACGGAAAGACACCUAAGCACCUGCGCCACUUAAUGGUGAAUAGUUUUAAUGACAUGAAUAACAAGAGGAUGCGCUGUUUCUUAAUUUCCGCCAAGGCUGGUGGGCAGGGAAUCAAUCUCACUGCUGCCAAUCGUGUCAUCAUAUUGGACACCUCAUGGAACCCGUCGAAUGAUCAACAGAACAUCUUCAGAAUCUACCGCCUGGGACAGCACAGGAAGUGUUUCGUGUACCGCCUGUUGGCGAUGGGAACUAUGGAGGAGAAAGUGUAUUCCCGAUCUGUUACGAAGCAGGCGAUGAGCUUCCGUGUUGUGGAUGAACAGCAAAUUGAUCGACACUACAACAUGGCAGAAUUGGCUGAGUUAUACACUCUCACAAAGACGGAUAUGAGCCAGCGUCCAACUCCCAACAUGCCCACGGAUUAUCUGCUGAGGAAUUUGCUUCAUAAUCAUGCGAAUCUUGUGUACAAGUAUCAUGAGCAUGAUUCUCUGCUGGAGAACAAGCUAGAGCAGGACUUAAGUGAGGCGGACAAGAAGGAGGCUUGGGAUGCCUAUGAGAAUGACUUAAAGGCGCAAAGAUUAGUUAUGGGAAAUAAUGAUGCCGGCGUCUUUGAUCAAAGCGCUCUCAAUGCUAGCCUUCUGGGGCUUAACUAUUUCGGAAGCAGCGGCAACUCCAAUCUAUCUUCUAUGAAUUACGGUGCGGGCUUACCUGGUCGCAACUACAACUACAAUUCGUCCAUGUCCCUCCUCAAUCAGCUCUCAUAUCAGUCGGGCAUGGGUCUUAAUCAGGAUCCGAUGAUGCUGAUGAACCAGCUGUAUCAGUCCUACCCAAUGGGAAUGGGCAGUUCCGGCAUGCAGAGUCCCUAUAUGGGAUACAUGAACCAGAAUUCUUACUACGGCGGUGGAAUGUAUCCCAGCACGUCGCUCAGCUCUGCGUCAAAUCUGGGGCAGCAAUACAAGAAUCUGCAGAAUUUGGCGGAGAUGGCAAUGAUGCCAGAUGCGAAUUUGCUACCAAGAUCACAGAGUGUGAGUCCAUCAGCGGCCAGUGCGGCACUGGGAGCGUCAAUUGGAACGACACAGGCCACAUCGACGACAACAAUGUCGCAUCUGCAGAGGAAUACGCCGAGUCGAUCGAUGUGGAACCUCAUGAGCACUCCGAGCUAUUACACUCCAGGCUUGGCCACGUCCACUGUGCAAUCCAGUACAUCCAAUGUCGCCAAAACCACUCCGUCGACUAGCACAAUGAUCUCCUCUACUGCGCAUACCGCAGCACUCUCGGGAGUUCCGUCUCAAGUAAGGACAAAGACACCGUUGCCCCACAAAUCACCUCACGUGGGCAUUCACACAUCCGUGAUCACGCCAACGUCUGCAAGCGCUGGACCUCCAUUGCCUCUGGGGGCAUUUACGGGUGGUGAGAGACCAACGAGCAGUUCAAGUCCGCAACCUCAUGUCAUUAUGAAGUCAUCAAGCACAGCGGUGGCGCAGAAGGACAAGGAGAGUCCGGCUGUCUCAAAGGUCACGAACAUGGGCAUAGUUUAUCCAACUGUGGAGCAACGAGAGAGUCUGGUGCCUAGCUUAUCAUCUCUCUCGCCGGCAACUAUAACCAAAAUACCCACCACGAAAGCACCAAACACUUCAGUUGUGAUGCAGAAGGAUCCCAAAGCAGCACCCACAUUGUCCUCCUUGCUGGGCAUCAACACCGUCCUGCAGAACGUCACAGUGACCCCAUCAACGAAGGUGACAAAAGCAUCCAGUACCACCUUGACUCCAAUUGUUACUACAACCGUGAAGUCAGGAGCGAAGAUUCUGCCUGGAAAUCCGCCCAAGACUCCCAUUGUUGCGUCUGCAAAGAAAACCUUCACGAGUCCCGCCGAGAUGGUACAGAAUCUACAUAAUGUCACUGUCAAGCCGACCAGUGCGGCAGCUCAGCCCGCGAAACGGCAGGCUUUUGUCUACACGGCCAAGGGAAAAAAACCCAUUCAAAUCAAUCAGCGUGUUGUUGUGGGCAACCCAGGAAACCACACGAGUAUCACUCCCAUCACGAGAGCGUCCACAGUGAGAGCAACAACUGUGAGUCCGGCCACAAUUGCCAGGCCCGUUGUGAGUCAGGUUGUGUCUCAGGCGAAGAGUCAGGGUGCUCAUCUGACGAGGAUUUCAAGACUAGUGCCAUCGACAAUAACCACUCCUGCGUCAGGUGUUCAGCAGCUGACGAGGGUGCAGAAUGUUGCUGGAAAUGAGCGAAUGAUCGUGACGAAGAAGUCCUCAGUGCCUCAUAUAACAGUCGUGAGGCCGGCGAACAAGGCAGUAAUGCCGAUUAAGAGGGUGUCAGCUUCUGGUGUUCCGGUGACUCUGCCUGGUCUGACGAAAGUCAGUCAAUUAACGCCGUUGAAGCGACAAGCAACCACUCCCAUUUCGGAGCUGAUAGCCAAUUCCAAGAGCAUCUCGAUAACACAGGUGAAGAAACCAAAUUUGGGGAUGACUCCCAAGCCACCGCUCGUUCCACAGAGCACAGCCACACUGCAGAAGAUCACGCUUCCUGUGCGGCGAUCAGUCAACAAAGUCCCACCGACAGUUCUCAAUAAAGAUCCUGAAAUUGUGGAACUUGAUUGAGGAGAUAAAGCAGAGAGGAGAUCAUCUCUCGUUUAUGUUUAUAUUAAAUGAAUUCCUAUUCUAUAUUUUUCGAGAGCAAUAUCGGAGU